AUGGAAUUGGUGCCGAUUAGCAACAACAAUAAUUCGGCCGCCAACUGCGCAAAAACUCAAUGCUGCGUUUGCUUGGAGGAUUUCGACGCCACUCAAAAUAUUCCCAAAGUGCUUCAUUGCGGUCACUCGUUGUGCGUCAACUGCAUUAAGAGGACGAUUCGAACCGCGAACAGUUCGCGACGAAAUUUCUUGUGUCCACAGUGUCGAGUGAGAAACUCUUGCCGCGAUAUUCAGCCAAAUCAUUUUCGAACCGAUUUGCAGUUCAAAACUGUUCUCCCAAACCGCGGCGCGACGGCCCUUCCAACAAAUUUCCAGCUCGUCGACGUUCUCAAGCCGAACGAGUGCCAUCGGUUGAAAUGCCACGAGUGCAAGUGUGCCGCUGAUGAGAGCUCGUUGUUCGUUUGCAAAAAAUGCACAUUGGAGAAUCACAAUUAUCAAAUUACCAAUAACGAUCGCGACGCUUCGCGAUUCGCAAUAUGCACGAGAUGCGUUUUAUUCAAUCAUCGCAACGAAUCGCACGAUGUUCUCGGGCUAUUCACAAUUUUGAGUGAAUGGGAAUUCAAUAAAAAUAUGUUGACCGUCCGAACGUUGCAUUCAACAUUCGAUGAGCAAUUCUCGAAACUUCGAUCCGUUCUUGCCAAUGCGCCGAUUGCGAUUGCCAACGCCGACAAGAAGCUGAUGGAGAUGACCGAGCAGAUGAGAAGAUGCAAGAGUAGUACGCAACAAUCAAAAAUCAUGAAGACCUAUCAGUCGGAAAUCAAUAAAACCAUAUACAGUUUGGGAAACAUUCAGCGAUUUUUGGAAAAGAAUAAUAGCACUUUUGAGCAACGCGCCGAGUUUUUCAAAUCAAGCAUCAUUGAAAACGAGGCCAAUUGUUUUCCGAAGCCUGAACCCGACGACGUCAAUCAUCCGAGUCCAACGAUUGAAAAUCAUCAAACAAUUUUGGUCAUUGUAUUUUUGAUGGUUGCAAACAUUUUGAUAUUACUCUAUAAUUACGCCUUUCAAUGCUUCAACACGCAAGCUCGCUCGCCGAUCGACUUCAAACUCAUGGACCUUCUCGAAUCAAUCGACUAUAAUGCAUUGAGAUGUCAAGAGUGCAACUUUGUCGCCGACGACGACUCGCUUUUCAUCUGUCUGACGUGCUCCUUUGAAAAUCGCGGCGAUGACAUCGCAAUGCCUUCCAUCGACUAUUCGCGAUUCGCAAUUUGCGCCAAAUGCAUUUCGCUCAAUCAUCCAAGGCGAUCGCAUCAAUCGGCCAAAUUCUUCGUCAUUCUGCACGAAUACCAAUUCAACAAGAAUAUCGUGAUCGUUGAGAGCAUUCGCACGCGUCUACGCCGACAAUUGGCCAAUGUGCAGGCGUUGAUGGCGUGCACGCCGACGGUGCUCAUCGACGCCGACAAGGUGCUGAUGGAAAUCGUUGCGCACAUGAAAGCCUGCCGAAGCGCCGCCCAACAAAUUCGACUACCAACAAAUUCGACGCCCAACAAAUUCGACUAA